UGGAUACUAGUUAUAACGAUAGCCGAAGCUGCGCCUUUCUCUUUUCAGCUCCAAGUAGGUAUAUAUCAACUUUCAACUCAAAUUUUCACCAAAAACCCCAGCUAGGGUUUAUGUUUAAUUACAAUCUCCCACAUUUUCUCUGCUAUUCCCAAUGGCUACUCUCAGGUAUUUACUCUCCGAAUCAUCAACGUCGCUAAAACUCGCCAAUCCUCGUCCUUUUCACAACUUCCCUCCCAUUUCCCAUUUCCUGAGAACUCUUCACUCGUUCGUUUCCAGAGAAUUCCAUUUCUGUUCACGUAAUUCUAGAAGUUUCUCCACUUCUCCUGAAUACCUCCCCCAAGACUCUGAUUCUUCCGUUGCUGCCGCUUUGAAUUUUGACAGUCGCGUUCCCGCCACUAUUAUUACUGGUUUUCUUGGUUCUGGAAAGACUACUUUGUUGAAUCAUAUACUGACAUCUCAGCAUGGGAAGCGGAUUGCUGUGAUCGAAAAUGAGUUUGGUGAGGUGGACAUUGAUGGCUCAUUGGUUGCUAGUCAUUCUUCAUCUAAUGAGGACAUUGUCAUGAUUAAUAAUGGUUGUCUAUGUUGUACUGUACGUGGUGACCUUGUCAUGAUGCUUUUGGAGCUCGUUAAGAAGAGGAGAGACAAAUUUGAUCACAUAGUUAUAGAGACAACAGGUCUUGCAAAGCCUGGUCCAGUUAUUGAAACAUUUUGUUCCGAUGAGUUGGUUUCAAGACAUGUCAAACUUGAUGGAGUCGUUACCCUGGUUGACUGCAAGCAUGCCUUACAGCAUUUAAAUGAGAUAAAACCCAGAUUUGUGGUGAAUGAGGCUGUUGAACAAGUGGCUUAUGCCGAUCGUAUUAUCUUGAACAAGAUAGACUUGGUUGCUGAAGCUGAGCUCGAAGUGUUGACAAAGAAAAUCAAGCAUAUCAAUGGGAUGGCACAAAUAAAGAAGGCAAAAUAUGGGGUGGUUGAUAUGGACUUUGUUCUGGGAGUUGGUGGUUAUGAUCUUGAUAGAGUUGAUUCUGAAGUUCAAUCAGAGGGCUCACACUGUGGGCACCAUCAUGAAGAUGGGCAUGGACAUCACAAAGGCCCCCAUCAUGAUCAUGUGCAUGAUUCUGCUGUAUCCAGUGUUUGUAUUGUGUCCGAGGGAACCUUAGAUUUAGAUGAGGUUGAUGAUUGGCUUGAAAGGCUCAUUGAAGAGAAAGGGGAUGACCUGUACAGGAUGAAGGGGGUUUUAUCUGUGAGUGAUUCUGAAGAGCGCUAUGUUUUCCAGGGGGUACAUUCGAUUUUAGAUGGAUGCCCAGGCAAGACAUGGGAACCAAAUGAGAAGAGAAUAAACAAGUUAGUAUUCAUAGGCAAAAACCUAGAUGAAACAACAUUAAGAAAAGGUUUCAAAGGCUGCUUAGUAUGAGGAAUGGGCGUAUGUUAUCCACCGGCAAGCUAUGGUUAAGCUCAGGCAUAAUUUGCAUUCAAUUCUGUGAUCUAGGGUAUGAUCUCAUGUGGCACUGUCCUCUUGUAUCUAGGUUCUCUCUCUUUCUCGUUCUCUUUUUAUGGCCCCCCUCUCCCCUCUUCCUUUGGGGACUUGUCUCAUUUAAAAAAAUAUUGGGAUGAAUGAUGUAUUGUCUCAUUUGAAAUGUACAUUCAUGUUAAUUUAUUCGUCCUCUCAUGCUUUCUCUA